GCCCCGCGCCCGGAGCCGAGGAGAGUAAAUACAACAGGAGCGCAAAAUGGCGGAACCGCCGAGCUCAGCGCACGGCGCGGCAGCCGCCGCCGCCGCCGCCGCCCCCGUCGUGGGGAAAGAACCGUUUGGCAAGCUGCAGACCGCCUCCCGGGACCCACCGGGUCCUCUGUCCGCCAAGAAGGUCCGCACCGAGGAGAAGAAGGCGCCGCGGAGACUGAACGGAGAAGGGGGCAGCGGCGGGAACAGCAGGCAGCUGCCGCCGCCGGGGGCUCCUUCGCCUCAGAGCUACGGCAGCCCCGCGUCUUGGAGCUUCGCCGCGCUGUCGGCCGCCCCCUCCCCGUCCUCCGCUCGGAACAGUUUCUCUUUCUCCGCCGGCACGGCCGUCCCGUCCGCAGCCUGGGCUUCCUCGUCUCCGCCGCUGUCGCGCAAACUGCUGGUCCCUCCUACGUUGCUGCACGCGCAGCCCCAGCCUCAGCCUCUCCCGCCGGCCGCCGCCCCCGCGGCCAACGCCAAGCCGCGCAGGACCAAGGAGAAGCGGGAGAAGAGAGGAGGCCGCACGGCUCGGCGGGCGGGCGAGGCCUGCGGGUCCGCCCGGGAGGAGAACGGGGAGAUGAAGCUGCAGCCGCGAGAUAAAAUCAAAGAAAAAAUUAAAGAGAGAGAUAAGGAAAAAGAGAGAGAAAAAAAGAAGCAUAAAAUAAUGAAUGAGAUCAAGAAAGAAAAUGGAGAAGUAAAGAUGUUGCUGAAAAAUAUUAAUCUGAAUCUGAUGUUUAGUUUAUACCAAGAAAGUGGGAAGGAGAAACCAAAAACAAAUGUAGAAGACUUACAAAUUAAAAAGGUAAAGAAGAAAAAGAAAAAGAAACACAAAGAGAAUGAAAAACGGAAGCAUCCAAAAAUGUAUAGCAAAUCUAUUCAAACCAUCUGCUCAGGAUUGCUAUCUGAUGAAGAUCAAGAAGCCAAAGGUAUCCUAAAUGAUAACAUAAAGGAUUAUGGUGGAAAGAAUUUGGAUACCAAGAACUAUGGUUCCAAACUUCCAGAGAACAGUGAGUUUCCAUUUGUCUCAUUAAAGGAGCCACGGGUUCAGAAUAAUCUCAGAAGGUUGGACACUUUGGAGUUCAAACAGCUCAUUCAUAUUGAGCACCAGCCCAAUGGAGGUGCAUCAGUUAUCCAUGCCUACAGUAAUGAACUCACUCACCUGUCUCCUGUGGAGAUGGCGAGGUUUGCAGAAGAGUUUGUGGGUCUAGUAUUCAGUGAAAAUGAAAACUCUGCAGCUUUCUAUGUAAUGGGUAUUGUUCAUGGGGCAGCUGCUUAUUUACCUGACUUUUUAGACUACUUUUCAUUUAAUUUUCCCAAUUCGCCAGUGAAAAUGGAGAUUUUGGGAAAGAAGGAUAUAGAGACAACAACUAUGUCCAAUUUUCAUGCUCAGUCUCCACCUGUGAUAGCCUGGAUAGUCUGUGAUAGUCCAGAUGUCCACUUCACACCUACCAAACCUCCUGCUUCCACAGUAUAUUUGGUGUAUAUUCUGGAAAAUAUGGUAAAAAGAACGUAUUCUCACGGUACUUACAGAGCUGGCCCAAUGCGACAAAUCAGUUUGGUAGGAGCAGUUGAUGAAGAAGUGGGAGAUUAUUUCCCUGAGUUCCUUGAUAUGUUGGAAGAUUCACCGUUUUUAAAGUGUACACUGCCAUGGGGGACACUAUCUAGUCUAAAAUUAGAGAGUCGAAAAGAUAGUGAUGAUGGUCCUAUCAUGUGGGUACGCCCAGGAGAACAAAUGAUCCCUGUGGCUGAUAUGCCAAAGUCACCUUUCAAAAGGAAAAGAACUACCAAUGAAAUAAAAAACCUGCAGUACCUACCUCGAACUAGUGAGCCCCGUGAGAUGCUCUUUGAAGACAGGACAAGAGCUCAUGCAGAUCAUAUAGGACAAGGUUUUGAACGACAGACUACAGCUGCAGUUGGAGUGUUGAAGGCUGUGCACUGUGGAGAGUGGCCUGAUCAACCCCGAAUAACCAAAGAUGUCAUUUGUUUUCAUGCUGAAGAUUUCUUAGAAGUAGUUCAACGAAUGCAGUUAGAUUUACAUGAACCUCCACUGUCCCAGUGUGUCCAGUGGGUUGAUGAUGCAAAACUUAAUCAACUGAGGAGAGAAGGCAUUCGAUAUGCCAGGAUUCAACUGUAUGAUAAUGACAUUUAUUUUAUUCCAAGGAAUGUUGUUCAUCAGUUCAAGACAGUUUCAGCUGUGUGUAGUUUAGCAUGGCAUGUUCGGCUCAAGUUAUAUCACUCAGAGGAAGACACUGCUCAGAAUACAGAUACUCAUGAAAUGGGCACAUCACCAGGUUCUACAUCAUCAGUUCUUGGACCUCACAGUGACGAUAGGAUUUGUGCUGUAAGCAAAACCUCUUUGGAGUCUAUUUUUUCAGAUACACUUCAUUCUAAAUAUGAAGUACAGCAGAUUAAACAGGAACCUGUUGCAUCUGUAAGAAUCAAUGAAGAAUCUGUGAAUGUUUAUGUUUCUGAAGAGACUAGAACACCUAAUAAUAUGGAUGUCAAGAAUGUUAAAGCAAAAUUGGAUCAUGUUCAAUUUACAGAAUUUAAGAUUGAAGUGGACUCCACAUUUGAAAAUAGCAACAAAGACUUAAAGGAGGAAUUGUGCCCUGAAAGUCUCUUAAGUCUAGUUCAUACAAGGCAACAUAGUUCAGUACAUUCACAUCAAAAUAGAAAAGAUGAUGACAUUUUGUGCUAAAUAUGUACAUACCAUUUAAAAUCUUUUUUAAAAAAACAACUUAAUAAUGUAAUAAAGAUUCAUGAAUUAUGGAAGCAAGCAAAGGACUUGCUCUCAAGUCUGUUACGAAAUAUAGUUUAUGUAGCUUUGUAACAUUCCUCAGUGCCUGUCCAUAACUGUGAAGUCUCAAAGCACUUAGGGCCAGAUGCACUGUAAACAUUGCAGGUUUAAACAAAUGGAGUCUUUAAAAAGUCAUUUGUGUUGGAGUUGUAGGUUUUAGAAUAGAGCUGACAUAUAUAUAUAUAUAUUUUGUAAUAUGAGCCAGAAUUCUUUUUCAACAAUUUAAGGCUUUUCCAUAGAGCUUAUUUAUACCAAUUUUUUUUUCAUUUUAAAUGUGUCAGCACUGUAGUGUAAAUAGCUUUAAAAUUUUUUUUAGUGUGAUUUAUAUUGAAGUGUGAGCCACUUAAUAAAGGUUCAUAAUAAAUAUGUUUUCUGUCGGGUGUGCAAAAGACAAACUGAUAAUUCAGUUAAAUCAUUUAUUUAAUCUAUCAUGUGUCUGCUGGUGUAUCCAUUUAGAAUGGUAAAGGAGAGCAAAUGUACAUAUUCAAAUCUAGUGAAUAUUUAAAUUCCCCACAUUGUGUAAGCAUUUUUAAAACCAAGAUUCAGUUAUGAAAGCAUAUUUAUGUGUGUGUAUGUAUGGGAAUAUAUAUAUAUAUAUAUAUCAUUUUACAUAACUUCUUAAAUUGCUGAAUAAGAUGAAUGUGUGAAACUUCGUAGCCCUACUCCCAGGAAUUCAUUUUAAAAUAUUUAUAUUCAACAUUAAGAAAGCAGUGUAGGUAACAGAAAUAAUUUUGUAAAGUUGGGCAAAACAAGUCUGUUAGUGAUAUCUAACCCUUCUAAUUAAUGAAGUUUUGUGGCCAGAUUACAUAGCCCUAACAUAAAUUUUAUUUGUAGUGUAUGGAAUGAUAAGUUGAGAUGAUUUUCUUAUUAAUAGGCACCUUUGCUAUACCUAACAGUAGUUGAGUAAAACAUAUUUACAGAAAGUUUAAUUGUGGCAGUUAAAAUCCUUUUACAUUUUUCUUGCAAAGCAAGUAGAAAUAUGACAAAUAUAAAAUCUUAAAAUAAGGACAGGAUUCAUACAGAGAUGUAGCUAACAAAAAGUGUUCUCUCUUCUUUCUAAGGAUCCCUCUGCCUACCCUAGCAAGGUAAAUAACAGAGUAUAGCUGACUCUUGAAUAACAUAGGUUUGAAUUGCACAGGUCAAUUGAAAAAAUUCUGUGUGUAAGUGGAUCCACGCCGUUCAAACUCUUGUUCAAGGGUCAACUGCAUUUGUUUUUCAAAAGAAGCUCUAGAAAGUAAAAUUGGGGUAGGAAACAGGAUUGCCAGUGCCUAGCCAAAGAUUAUUAAAAUAAUUGUCUUCAGUGAUGGAUUUCAGCAACUCUGCUUAUUACAAAUCUAUUUUGUCUUUGUUAUUUUUCUGGGCUUAUACUUUGGUUGAUGACUUUCAACUGGGGUUCUUUGUGCUGCCAUUUGGGCUAGAGUUGCUAUUCUCAUUUCAGUGGUUUCCGCCCCAGCCUCAUUUGUGAUACCCAUAAAACUGCUUAUUUUCCUGGUUAGGAAGAAGCCAUUUAGAAAGGCAUUUCAAUCAGAAAAAUAUAAACUAUAGCAAUUAGAUCAUUUCUGGCCCCUAGUUGAAAAGAGUAGGCAAAUAUUGUUGGAAAUCUCAAUGGUUUGUGGGAAAUCAAUAUAUUUACAACAUAGGAAUCUUCAUGGAAUAAAGAUAUAAAUCAUGAUAAUGUAAA